UAUCCCCUGCUCCCUCUAGCAGCUCCUACACUCUCUUCCACUUCGCGGCUGUGACCUGUAAGUUUGUGAGAAAUGGAGAAAAUGGGUGAUCUUGUCGGGUCAAGACAAUCGGAUCUUAACAAGUCUUUCAAGCUCGCAAUUCGUUCUCUUCUCACUACUUGCUCAAAACAAGAAUUCAGCAAAGCAUUCAAUAACUUUACUGCUUCUGAGCAAGACUCCCUCCACCGCCUAUUCAUCCAGUUUCAGGUGAUUACUUCUUUGCAUGAAAACAUUGAGGAUGAGUUUCAGUCUUUAUGCCUUGAAACUCAGGUGGGAAACACACUUGAUACUGUGGAGCAACUUGUGGAAGAAAAAAGUCUGGAUCCAUUGUCUUCAGAUAAGACAAAUAUUAUGGAUGUUACAUGUGAUCUGUCAACAGCGAAGAAGAAUGAGAUCCAGUACUUGAUGCGUAUGUUGGAAAGGGUUGAAGAACAGAAUCACCUGACCCAAGCACGUGUUGAACAACUGAGGAAAAGAACGCAAGAUGUCUCAGGAAUGACAGAUGUUGAGAAGUUUAGAGGUGGAAUGUCAAAUUACGGGACAUGCAAUGGCGGGCUUGAGGAUCCAUAAUUGUUGGAGUGGACAGAUCUUCAGAUGUAGUUACAAGCUGCAUAAUUGGUGAAUUUCACCCACGUAUGAAUUGAAAUGUUAAAUCUGUCACUUUCUUUAGUGUGUACUAUAUGCUAUCCGAGUCAGAAUCCAUUAGUGCUAGCUGUAAUUAGCCAUGUAUAGCCACUCUUGUAUUGUAACUUUUUAUUGUGGCUCAGCCAGUACUUUCUGUUCCUUUGUUGGCAAUGGAAGCUGUGGAACAUUAUUUGCUCUAAUCUUACCAAUUGUAAUAGCACUUUAUAGAUAUAUAUAAUUAGCGGUGCUUCUUCAUUGAAA